GAGAAGCAGCAGCACAAACACCGUACUGUGGACAGAGUUGAAAGAUGGAACUCGCUGAUAUAGCUUAGACUUUUUCCGCACAAUUGGGAUUCAUCGAAAAUUCUGAAAACCAAGGACUGCAUCUGGCGCCGUAGUUUGCAUCGUUCAAAUAAACGGAGACAAAUAUGAUGUAGGCCACGGGAGAUUAAUCCGGUUUCUUUUAUCAUCGGUACUGUGAACACCAGUUAUCCUCGUUACAUCCAUGGUCAGAUCUUACUGGAUUUUUAUAGCUGAAAUUGGAAAUAGCAGUCGUUCACAUUUCAGUCCUUUUGUUCUAGAACUGGAAGGCCGUUGUGUAGCCUUUUAGUGAUAGUACACUGCUGUGCAUAAAUUUCCCAUAAAAAUAUUUGAUUCAGGAAAUAUAAGCGCUUUAAAAUGGCUGCUCGGGUCUGUUUUGAAUAGAGGUAGCCCACUUUGUGAAUUGUAACAUUUUGUCUGUACAAAUCUAUACGCAUAGGCAACCAAUGUGUCUGAAAUGGUCCUGAAAAGACAACGUGAUAAUUGGCUACGCUGUUUUCCCGUUUCGAAAUCUGCGACUGCUUGCUGUCGUGUGCUUUUCUGCUCUGUCUGCGGGAGGUAGCAUCUUGUCGGAUUCCGUUUCAUUCUCUUUGGUCACGAAUUCAAAAGUGCAGUAAAACUCUGCUUUAUUUUUUCAUGACCCUCGGAUUUUCAGAAAGUUCAAUAAUAUGCAACAUUUUUAAACAUUUGAAGUCACUUAAACGCAGAAACUAUAACUAUCACGUGCCUAAGUCAAAACAACUUGGUGUUGGUGGAAUGAGCUAUUUAUAAACAUAGACCCAACAUAUCAUUUAAGUUUGUCUCUACAUUCUGGUAGCUUUUAAAAAUGGAUACAAAUAUUUUCGCAAAAAGCGGCGUCCUUUGGUUUAAAUGGAGGAGACAUUCCAAUUCGCAGGAUGUCAAUGGAUAUUUGCUAUUUUUAAUCGUGUUUUACCUGGUGCUUUACACCGAAGGAUCCCCUUCCAAACCCUGCGAUAAAAAAUGCUUUUCCGGAAGGUGCUUCAAUGGAACUUGCAUCUGUGACAAAGGAUGGGUCGGGGAUUUGUGCCAGCAUUGCCAGGGAAGAUUCAAGCUGACAGAACCUUCCGGCUACCUUACAGACGGACCAAUCAACUACAAGUACAAGACCAAGUGUACCUGGCUCAUCGAGGGCUACCCCAAUGCUGUUUUGAGGCUGCGCUUUAACCAUUUUGCCACAGAGUGUAGCUGGGACCAUAUGUACGUCUACGACGGUGACUCCUUAUAUGCACCGUUAAUCGCAGUGUUCAGUGGUCUCAUCGUUCCAGAAGUCCGGGGAAAUGAAACUGUGCCAGAAGUGGUCACUACAUCGGGAUACGCCCUUCUGCACUUCUUCAGUGACGCGGCGUAUAACCUGACUGGAUUCAGCAUCUUCUACUCGAUAAACUCCUGUCCCAAUAACUGCUCGGGCCAUGGGAAGUGUGCGACGGGGAACGCGGUCUCCAGCAGGGUGUACUGCGAGUGUGAGAAGUACUGGAAGGGAGAGGCCUGUGACAUCCCGUACUGCAGGAACAACUGCGGCAGCCCCGACCAUGGCUACUGCGACCUGACCGGGGAGAAGCUCUGCGUCUGCAACGACAGCUGGCAGGGUCCAGACUGCUCUCUCACGGUGCCCUCCACCGAGUCCUUCUGGGUGUUGCCCAACACCAAGCCCUUCAGCCCGUCGGUGGGCCGAGCGUCCCAUAAGGCCGUGGUGCACGGGAAGCUCAUGUGGGUCAUCGGGGGCUACAGCUUCAACUACAGCUCCUUCCAGAUGGUUCUCAAUUAUAACCUGGAGAGCAGCAUCUGGAACGUGGUGCCACUCAGCCACGGGCCUCAGCCGCGAUACGGACACUCCCUGGCCCUCUACCAGGACGAGGUGCUGAUGUUCGGGGGGAAGCUGGAGGGCGGCGUGGGGAACGUGACAGGCGAGCUGUGGGCGUUCAGCCUCCCCGGGCGCUCCUGGUCCCAGCGCUCCCCGGUGCCGCUGGUGCCCGGCCAGCUCUUCGCCGUGGAGGGGCACUCCGCACACGUGGUGGAGCUCGACAGCGGAGAGGCGGUCAUGGUGGUCUUCUUCGGCUACUCGCCCAUCUACAGCUACGUUAGCAGCGUGCAGGAGUACAACCUCCGGACGAACAUGUGGUCUGUUCCAGAGACGAACGGGGCCAUCGCGCAGGGCGGGUACGGUCACAGCAGCGUGUACGACCCCACCACCCGGUCCGUGUACGUGCACGGCGGGUACAAGGCCCUGCCCGCCAACAAGUACGGCUUGGUGGACGACCUGUACCGCUACGAGGUGCGGUCACGGACGUGGACCGUUCUGAGGGAGAGCGGGCUCUCCCGGUACCUCCACUCCUCAGCCCUCAUCAGUGGAGUCCUGCUGGUCUUCGGGGGAAACACCCACAACGACACGUCCCUCAGCAACGGAGCCAAGUGCUUCUCCUCCGACUUCCUGGCCUACGACAUCGCAUGUGACGAGUGGAAAGUUCUUCCGAGGCCAAACCUGCACCGUGAUGUGAACCGCUUUGGCCAUUCGGCGGUCGUUAGCAACGGGUCGAUGUACGUGUUUGGAGGGUUCUCCAGCGUGCUGCUGAACGAUGUGUUAGUGUACCGGCCCCCCAGCUGUGAGGCCUUCUCGCAGGAGAGGGCGUGUCUCAACGCGGGCCCCGGGGUCCGAUGCCUGUGGAGCAGGAGCCGCUGCGUCCCCUGGGACUCUGUCCACAAUGACGACGGCACCGCCCCUGCCACAUCCUGCCCCCCGCGGACCCCCGGCACGGACGAGCAGUGUUUCCGCUACUCCGACUGCUCCAGCUGCACCUCCAACACCAACGGCUGCCAGUGGUGUGAGGAGAAGAAGUGCAUCUCCGUCACCAGCAACUGCACUGUGUUAAACCCGGAACUGUUCCACCAGCACAGAACCCCACAGCCUAUUGCCCCGCCCACAUCCGUGAUGUCAGAACGACAGAUGUCUCUCUGGAAACACGGAAUUCGAAAGAGUGGAAACGCUGUGAGUAACUACACCAGGUGUCAGGUGAGGAACGAGCAGGUGUGUGCCAAGUCGCCCAACUGUAGGAGCUGUUCCCUCAACCUCAACUGCCAAUGGGACCCUCAGCAACAGGACUGCCAUGCUCUCCCAGCCCACCUCUGUGGAGAGAGUUGGACCCGCGUGGGGGAAGCCUGCUUGCGCAUAAACUCCAGCCGUGAGAGCUACGACAACGCCCAGCACUACUGCAAGAACCUGGGCGGCAACAUCGCCUCCCUCGCCACCUCCAAGCAGGUGGACUUUGUCCUGGAGGAGCUGCAGCGGUACGAGCAGCAGGAGAAGAAGCUCUCCCCGUGGGUGGGGCUGAGGAAGAUUAAUGUGUCGUACUGGGGGUGGGAGGACUCCUCCCCCUUCACGAACACCUCCCUGCAGUGGUUGCCGGGCGAGCCCAGCGAUUCGGGGUUCUGCGCGUCUCUGGAGCGGCCCGAGGUGUCGGGCCUGAAGGCCAAUCCCUGCACGGCCACGUCCGACGGGCUGAUCUGUGAGAAACCUGUCGUGAGCCCCAAUCAGAACGCCAGACCGUGCAAGACGCCCUGCUCCCUGCGCAACUCCUGCUCCAACUGCACAAGCCAGGCCAUGGAGUGCAUGUGGUGCAGCAGCACCAAGCGCUGCGUGGACUCCAACGCCUACGUCAUCUCCUUCCCCUAUGGCCAGUGCCUGGAGUGGCAGACCGGGGACUGUGUGUCUCAGAACUGUUCAGGUCUGCGUACCUGUGUGCAGUGUCUGGAGCAGCCGGACUGCGGGUGGUGUGGGGACCCCAGUAACACAGGCAGGGGUCAGUGUGUGGAGGGGUCCCACAGGGGCCCCAUGAGGAGCCCGGGGCCCAAGCAGAGCCCCGACAUGCUGCUGGAGCCGGCCCUGUGCCCCCGAGAUCGAGGCUACGACUGGUCCUUCAUCACCUGCCCCGCCUGCCAGUGUAACGGGCACAGCGUGUGUGUGAACAGCAGUGUGUGUGAGCACUGUAGAAACCUGACCACUGGACAGCACUGCCAGACCUGCCUGCCUGGCUACUACGGAGACCCCACCAACGGCGGACGUUGUCAAGCUUGUAAAUGUAACGGGCAUGCAAAUGUCUGCCAGGUCCUGACUGGAAAAUGCUACUGCACGACCAAGGGCAUCAAAGGAGAUCAGUGUCAGUUAUGUGACUCCGAAAACCGUUACCUUGGAAACCCUCUCCGGGGAACGUGCUAUUAUAACCUGCUGAUUGAUUACCAGUUCACCUUCAGUCUGCUGCAGGAGGACGACCAUCACUACACUGCUAUCAACUUCAUGGCCACGCCCGAGCAGACCAAUAAGAACCUGGACAUGUCAAUCAAUGCAUCAAACAAUUUCAACCUCAACAUUACCUGGUCUAUUGGCUCCACAGCCGGGACCAUAUCAGGUGAGGAGGUCCCCAUUGUCUCCAAGACCAACAUUAAGGACUACAGAGACAGAUUCUCCUGUGAGAAAUUCAGCUUCCGCACCAAUCCCAACAUCACCUUCUACGUAUACGUCAGCAACUUUUCCUGGCCAAUCAAGAUUCAGAUCGCCUUCUCCCAGCACAACAGCAUCAUGGACCUGGUGCAGUUCUUUGUGACCUUUUUCAGUUGUUUCCUGUCGCUGCUGCUGGUUGCUGCUGUGGUGUGGAAGAUCAAACAAACCUGCUGGGCGUCCCGUCGGAGGGAGCAACUGAUGAGGGAGAGACAGCAGAUGGCGAGCCGUCCGUUUGCCUCUGUCGACGUGGCUCUGGAGCUGGGCGGGCACCAGGAGCAGACUGAGCCGUCGCAGGGCCCAGCGGAGGGCGUCCCCAAACCCAUCGCCACGGAGCCGUGUUCAGGGAGCAGAGCCUCCGUCCUCACCGUGUUCAUGCGUCUCCCGAGGGCCGCGACCGGUGUUCCUCCCCCCGGCCAGUCCGGUCUGGCCAUCGGCAGUGCCCUCAUCGAUACGUCCCCGCAGAAACCCUUCGACAUCAAAGAGAGGAGCCUGGGGCUGAAGAACCGCAAGCAGCACGCAGUCCCACACCAGGGCACCUGCGUCUGAGCCCUGUACAGCCCUCUGAUUGGCCCUCUCCUCGGGUGGCUUUCUGUAGCCGCUCCCUGAUUGGCCCUCUUGGCCCUCUGCUCACGUGGCUUUGUGUCGCUGCUCUCUGAUUGGCCCUCUGCUCACAUGGUUUUGUGUUGCAGCAGCAAUAGAGUCAAACUGCAACAUCUGUUUUAAAGCCCAGGAAAUAUGAUUCUGCUAGGUAGCCACUUACCCACAAUUCCCUGCAGUCUAUACGUUUCGGUUCUGCUCCUCCUGCACCUUUAGGCCCCGCCCAGCAGCGCGUGACAGGUCCCCUUCACAGACCUGUCUGUGAUGCUGAGGGCAGGUGUCCUCUGACACAGAAGUGUAUAGUCCUGAUGGACCAGCAGGGGGCGCAGUGAGCAGCUGGGUCGAAUUUGGUGUCUCUGUACAGAGAAAAAGCACAGGUGCGCACCGUGUGUGUAUGUGUGUGUGUUGUACAGUAACUCCGAAAAAAAAGCAUGACUUAAAGAAGGUAUAUUUUUCAUUGUAAUCCGCCGACUUUGUGUGAGUAAUUAACGGCAAGUACGGUCACGCCUUGCUGAGGCAUUUCUUCAUUGUGAAAGGUGGCUUUAAUCCAGGGAGGGUUAUCCGAGCACACUGCCCCCUCCCCCCUCCCGACGGUCUUGAGUCUGGUUCUCCCACGCUCAUGACACUGAACGUUUGCACACUUUGGCGUUUGGAGGUGUGGAUAUGUACUAUGUAUAGUUUUGUGGUUGCCGUGGUUAUGCGACUUGAAUUGUUUGACCUCACCUGGUGAAAGGGUCCUGCAGCUGAGCUACGACAGGAUUCAUGCAGUACCCUCAACAGCCACUGGGGUUUGUGUUUUGUUUUUUAACGUGGUACAUGCAAGUACCACACGUCUCGAAUCAAAUGAGACGGAGAAAACACAAUGUAUGUAUUUUAACUUUUGUGAUAUUUAGUCUUUUUAUUAAAUGAUGGAUGGCCUGUUUUGUUCUGGUGCAAUUUGUUGCUCUAUUCUUUGGUACAAAGGUUAUUACUUUUUUUACAAAAAUGUUCAUGUCCACUUGUAAAUAAUAUCAUGGGUCUGCAGUUCACACUAAAGUGUAAAAUAUCGUUUUCCCUGUUUCUUUUUCCUUUUUUUUUAAAUUCAGGCUCAGAGCCAUGCAAGCUACUUUUAUUGAACUUGUACGUAAUGUUGAGUCUUUGUUUUGUGAUUCAUUUCUCAUUUUGAGUACAAAGUGAGCCGACUCUUUCAUCUGGAAUAUUUUGGUUUCCAGCUGGUUCAGGAAGAGUCAGCAGACAGCUAUUGGCUAUCUGGCAUACGUACCACACAAGCUCCGUGGUGUUCCUCACCUGACACGUUAUGGACCACACACCACAGAGGCAUUAACUCACUGUGUUUACAGUGAAGUACAAUGUGCAAGUGUGGUUAAAAUAUGAAGUUUCACUGUCGAACAAAUUCUUGGCAUUUUAAAAUGCCAUUUGGCAAAAAAACAAAAAAAAACUUGUUUACAGAUCAGAGUAUGGUUCCAUUUAUUUAUACAUUUAAUUUUUUUGAGCUGUCAUAUUAUGUGAUGUCACACAGAGGUGAUUGAAUCUAUGUGUAAGUUAUUGGACCGGUUGAAUUAGAUGCGCUUGGAAACCGCGUUGGGAUGCCGUUAUCCUGCUGUAACGUCGGGGGGUGUCUUUUUAAGGGGAUCCCUCUGACUGCGCCCCCCCCCCCCCCCCCUCGAGCCUCUUCGUUAUUCAGUAUUUUGGGGUAGGCGGCUCGUAUAGAGCCGUCAGUCUCAGCGAGGGACAGACAGAGCAGAUUAUCAGCGCCGCUGCAGCUGCAUGAAUAACUUAUCCCUGCCAUCGGCCCAGAGGCCACGGAGCAGCCCGUCUGCGGAAGGGACGCAAACGCGCAGACAGGAUGACUUUUUCCCCUCUCCGUAGUGCGUCCCUCGCUUUCUUCCUCUCCCUUCCAUUCUCCCUCUCUCUCUCUCCUCGUCUCGUGGUUUCUCGCUAUCUCUCCGCCGCUUCUGUCUCCGUUUCCACAUCUUUCGCUCCUCUCUUUUUCUUUCUUUUAUAUCUCAAUUGUUUUUGUUUUAUUUUCCUCCCGUCUCUCUCCCUCUCCACUUUCUGCCUCUCUCUCUGUGCGUCUUAUUUUGGCUUGGAAGUUUGUGUGCUUAAAGGUCAGUGUAAGGUCGGUCCUGUGUGAUUGUAAACACGCUUACACUAAAACGAAAAAAAAAAACACCAGCAUUCAUUUUUAGUAUGGAAUUUAGCAGCCAAUUGUACAUAUCACCUGUUCUGAAUUUACCUGAUUCUUCACCUGUAUCAAAGGGGUCUGUCCCCCGUGCUGGGAUCACCUGUUUGUUUCACCUGUAAUGAGGUCAGCACUCACCUGUGUCACCAGUUCAAAGGUAUUUUCAAAUCUGUUGCACUGAUUGGAGGAGUGUUUUGUGGUUAGCAAAGAUUUCUUGUAUUUGCGGUUGUGAGGGCUUCUGUUGUAAUUUAUACAGCUGUUCUAUUUUUUGGUUUUUAUUUUAUAUGUUGUCUUGAAAUGUGAUAUGUAAUAUUGCCACACGUGUAUAUGUGUGCUCAAAUGUAUAAAUAUAAAGACCUCUGAAAUGUUUUUUUUUUUUUUUUUUUAUCACCUGAAUUCAGAAAAAAAAAAACUGAAGUAUUUUACACAAUUUGUAUCUGAAGGGACCGUUCACAUAAUUUCUCUGUUCAAAUGUGGGCGUAUGUGAUAUUCAUAUGUAAAGAAACAAAUUAUUUGAAGCUUCUUCAUAUUGUAAUAAAGAAAAAGGUAUGUGUAUGGAA